CACUCGGAGUCUCAUUCCGCCACGGUCCAGCCUGCCGGGAGGGGGUUUCUGCUCAACAGCUCCACACUAGUCUUUUCAUUUGGAAAUAGAACUGAAAGUUUAUAUUUGUAACGAUCAACUUUUUUUAAAUUUAUUUAAAGUAAAUCAACCGGUCUACGUUAUUUUACAUUUAUUCGUCGUAAUUUGUAGAGGGAAAAAAAAUAGCUAAUUUUGCCGUUUGAGAUCAGCCGGUGGUGCUAACAAAGAAAAUUGUUUCUCUUCAGUAAUAAUCCCCCACUAUUCUCUUUAGUUAUGAGUCAUGUGGUCGUUGAUAAUCCACACGGUCUAGAUCAGCAGCUUGCUGCCCUAGACUUGAACCCUGACGGUCAAGGCGGAGGAACUGGCAGACGCUACAUUCCACCUCACCUGAGGAACAAAGAUGCUGCAAAAAAUGCAGGAAAUUCUUAUCCCGCUGGUAAACAGUGCGGUUAUUCAGUGGCACCAGUAAAUUUCUACGCCCCUAAGCAGUGCCCCCAACCAUGGCAGGCUGACUGCCAGCCAACGCAGGGAGCUACCUGUCCUUCAGGAUGGGAUGACUGUACUAUGGGUUACCCAAGACUGGCCUCUCAAGAGCUUGCCUUUUACCAUGCCUACGGUGGCGGCUGGCGAAACCGAUGCGAUUCACCUGGAUGGGACGGAGGACGCACCAACGGAUUUGUGAAUGGUUUCCAUGACAACCGUACAAAUGGGGGUUUUGGAGGGCGCGGACCCCCUCGCAAUGAUAGAGGUGGGCGUGGCGCCUACCGUGGUAACAGGGGCGGAGGCUCGUUUAAUCAACCAUUGCAAAAUACAGGUUUUGGAGGCUACGAAAACAAAGACGGAGGCUGGGGAGGAGCUCCUAGAGACGCCGCCUACAACAGCUUUGGAGGGCGCAACGAUCGGUCCAAGUCUGCGUUCUUCAACGACCGUGGGGCUGGCUCCAGAGGAAGAUACGAGCGCGGGGGGUUCGGUGGUGGUGGGAACAGCCGCUGGGUGGAGGACUCCAGAGGAGAAGAUGACUGGUCCAAGCCUACUGCACCCAAUGAGCGUCUGGAAAACGAGCUUUUCUCUGGAAGCAACACGGGGAUAAACUUUGAGAAAUACGACGAUAUUCCCGUGGAGGCGACUGGAAGCAACUGCCCACCACACAUUGAGAGUUUUCAUGAUGUGGACAUGGGGGAGAUCAUCAUGGGGAACAUCACCCUGACCCGCUACACCCGACCAACUCCGGUCCAGAAGCACGCCAUUCCCAUCAUUAAGAUUAAGAGAGACCUGAUGGCCUGCGCCCAGACGGGUUCUGGUAAAACUGCUGCUUUCCUGUUGCCGGUUCUGAGUCAGAUCUACACAGAAGGGCCAGGAGAUGCACUGCAAGCCUCAAAGAGCAGUGGACAGGAGAAUGGACGGUACGGCCGUCGUAAGCAGUACCCCAUCUCCCUCGUUCUGGCUCCAACCAGAGAACUGGCUCUGCAGAUCUACGAUGAGGCCAAGAAGUUCGCCUACCGCUCCCAUGUACGUCCCUGUGUGGUGUACGGCGGCGCCGACAUCGGCCAACAGAUCCGGGACCUGGAAAGAGGCUGCCAUCUACUGGUAGCCACACCGGGACGUCUGGUGGACAUGAUGGAGAGAGGCAAGAUCGGUCUGGACCAUUGCAACUACCUGGUUCUGGACGAGGCUGACCGCAUGUUGGACAUGGGCUUUGAGCCGCAGAUCAGACGCAUCGUGGAGCAGGACACGAUGCCGCCCAAGGGCAUCCGCCAGACCAUGAUGUUCAGCGCCACCUUCCCCAAAGAGAUUCAGAUCCUUGCUCGUGACUUCCUGGAGGACUACAUCUUCCUGGCAGUGGGGCGCGUCGGUUCCACAUCAGAGAACAUCACACAAAAGGUUGUCUGGGUAGAAGAGAACGACAAGAGGUCUUUCCUUCUGGAUCUGCUCAAUGCCACAGGUAAAGACUCCCUGACCCUGGUGUUUGUGGAAACAAAGAAAGGAGCUGAUGCUCUGGAAGACUUCCUGUACCGCGAGGGCUACGCCUGCACCAGCAUCCAUGGAGACAGAUCUCAGAGGGACAGAGAGGAGGCUCUGCACCAGUUCCGCUCUGGACGCUGCCCAAUCCUGGUGGCUACUGCUGUGGCUGCUCGAGGUCUGGACAUCAGCAACGUGAAGCACGUGAUUAACUUUGAUCUGCCCAGCGACAUUGAGGAAUACGUUCACCGUAUCGGCCGUACGGGACGUGUGGGCAACCUCGGUCUGGCCACGUCGUUCUUUAACGACAAAAACAGCAACAUAACCAAAGAUUUGCUGGACAUUCUGGUUGAGGCCAAGCAGGAGGUUCCUUCCUGGCUGGAGAGCCUGGCCUACGAGCACCAGCACAAGAGCACCAGCCGCGGACGUUCCAAGAGGUUCUCUGGUGGUUUCGGAGCCAGAGACUACCGCCAGGCAUCGGGUGGCUCCGGAGGCUUCAACAGCAACCGCUCAGGACGCAACGCUGGCGGUCACGGAGGAAACCGUGGCUUUGGUGGAGGUGGCUUCGGCGGCAACUUCUACAACGACGGCUACGGCGGAAAUUACAACCACUCUGGUAGCGUAGAUUGGUGGGGGAACUAAACACCAUAGGAACAGGUUGUCAUGCCAACCUGCUGGAAACCACAUGUUAACCUAAGCCAGACCUUAACAAACCCUCCCUGUGUAGCUCCACUGACAGACAGUACAUUACAACCCCAGUUCUCUGCCACCGGCUUCUUUCCCCCCAAAAGGAAGCGCAGCACGACGCAAAGAAAAUCACCAGCACGUGCCGACCGCCAGGGGGCGCCGCAGAGAUUUUGCACACCUCAGAGCGAGCAUGGAUGCUUACAUGCACUGUCCGACCGCAACCUCGGACUUUUCAUCGUUCAAAAAAAGUAUUUUUGUUCUCACUGCGGGGCCCGCCACCCCGCAAACUGGGUAACCUGAGGAUUAUUUGUAUGUUGAUGUACUGUGCCUUUUUGAAUUUAACCAGGAAAUAUAUGUUAUUUCACCAGAUGAACAUGGCCAAGAGCUCAAAAUUUGUUUUAAAGAUUUAGUUUGGAAAAAAAAAUAAUAGUCAUAAAAAAAAAAAAGAAACUAGAAAAGUUGAAAUAAGCUUGGACUUAAACCUUGGCAAACUCUUGGGUGUUGUGGCUCUUGGAGUCAUGAUUCCAUUUGAACCUCAAAUUUCUAACAUCAUGUAGCCUUUUUCUAUUGUCAAACAGCUAAUGGAGCCAUUAGUUUCUCUAAAACUGGGCCACUGUGCGAAGCUGCCGUUUUAAUCCAAAGGGGGGACAAAGUUCCAUUAGUGUUUUUUCUUUCCUUAUUUUUUUUUUUGUUUUCUGCUCACUCUAUCCUAGACAGGCUCUGUUUAGGGACAUGGUUGGUUUUUUUUGUUUUUUUUAUUUAGCCAUUCCUGACGUAAUCUUAAGAAACACAGCAGUCGUUAAGCUCAGUGCCAACAAUCGCUGAGGUACAAAAACCAAGAAACUAAUGCUGGAACUCCACGCUUUCUGAUAGACUUGACAGUGUUACGGCAGCUAGUCUGUUACCAAGCGCUAGCUACUUUAAAAAAAAAAAAAAGAACAGUGAACGUUGUUUUUUGUUGCUUUUUACUUGAGACGUUCUCAGAGCAGGCGUAUGCAAAUUCUUUUGGGAAAAACCCCAGUCAGGUUUUUUUUUUUUUUUUUUUUUAAAUCGUUUCUCUACAAAAAAAAAAAGAUGUAUCGAAGCAAUGCCUGCCAUCUUGAAAGUGAAGUUCAAAAUGGCUGCACAAAAGGACCACAACAUUGGGUAUUUUACGCUUGCAAGUGUUUUUGUUUUUUGGUCAAGGGAGAAAGGACACGUGAACUUGAGUCGCAGGCUUAACUUAAUUACUAACAUUUUUCUCUUUUUCAAGCUGCGUUGGAGGCGUGGUUCAUCGUUAGGAGACGGGACAUUUGGCGUAAUCACUGAGGUUUUCAAAUAACCUGCAGGCAAAAUGGGUGGGUGGGGGUGGUUUACGUUGGGCAGCAGCACUCCAACCACACAGGACGGGGGCGGGGGGUGGGUGAGGGCGCGGGGCGAGACUUUUUUCAGUGCACCGCCGUUUGGUUUACACACAAAACUGAAGGUGGCCAAAGAUCGGAAGGUGGUCCUACCUUCUGUACGGAACAUUUAGGUAGUAUCAAGAAAAAAAAAAAAAAAAAUCGGAGCAGCUUUUCCUCUAGAAGAGGAGCAGGAGAACACGUAAUGCUCCCCAGUCCUCAUCAGGUGUGAUGUGCCUUGAAACCUUUAAUUUUUUCUUUUCUUUCAAUCUGAAAAGCAGAUGCACUGACAGUAUUGAGAGAUUGAAUGGUGCUACUUGAUAUGUGUGUAGGCCCUCGUACAUCGAGCCCAUCGAGUUUUACUAAAGUUGUUUUAUUGCACAUCUAGAGUUUUAUAUAGAUGUCUCUGAUAUGUGUCCUUAAGCUUCCAAAUAUUGUGUGUGAGGAGUUUGUGGAGAGAGAAAGAGAGAGAGGGGCGGGGGAAACCCACAAAAAAAAACGCAGCUUGUUUACAAAGGGGGAAGGGUUCUCAACGUUGAAAUCCAGGAUUUAUUUGGGACCAGGGGGAUUUAGCAGUCUGGGGGGGGAAUUUAGCCAUUUGCACAGAUUUCUAGAUUCUACUUUUGCUGCUAGUUUUGUGUAAUUUAUUAAGCAUUUUUGACAAAUAUUUAUUUUUGUAAGCCUCCAAGUGAUUCUUUGAAAGUUUCAGAAACUUGACCAAAAGACAGUACAAAAAACACUGGCACUUGAAUGUUGAAUGUCAACUGUAUGCGUGAAAUUUAUAUAUUUCGGGGUAGUGUGAGCUUUUUAAAUGUAUACGAUCCAUUGGACUCAGUUUCUAAAUAUCCACAGCUGUUUCCGAGGCCUCCACAUGGCCAGCCAUCUAUUAGAAUUUCCCAAUUGGUCAUCAAAAUUCAAAGUGGAUUUGAGCAAACAUGCCAAGGUUUGGAGUAAAGCUUUCAAAAGAGCAAAUAAAUUUCCUAAGCAUAUCAGUGCAGAAGUGUUCAGAUUCUCCAACUGUGUGCAUUAAUCCUUCAGUCUAAUUUGACCCGAUUGUUUUCUCUCUUUUUUUUUUUUUUUCUAGUCAAUGUCUGGCACAUGGCAAUCCUUAAAGAAACAAACAUGUGGUUUAUUCUCCUUGUUGUACUUUUGCAUAUAUGAUGCCUCUCGAGUUCUCCCGUGACUGUGGAACAGGUCUUCAGCUCUGAAUCGCAAGCAGAACCCGAGACUUGUUGCUCAAUCUUUAGAGAAACCCCAGAGCUGUUUAGAUGUAGACUUUGCUUUUUUUUUUUGUGUUAGCCUCUAGGCUGCUGCACUGCAUGGAGGAAGUAGGGGGGGAGACAGUACUCAGCUGUGCAACAAAAAAAAGAAAAUGUAAGAUUUUACCAAAAUAAAAUGUUUGAAUGCAAAAAGUUUGUUGAAAAAUCAAGCAUGUUUUCUGAGAAGUUGUUUACUGUAGAUGAUGCUGAGAAGACUUGUAGCAAGCGGCCGGCUGCUUUGUGUGGGCGACAGGCGGCGGAAAUCAGUUUAUGGAUUGGAUGAGCUUCAUUUGUUUUGAUGAGGAAAAAUGCAUAAAGAUUUCAUUUGUACUUUCAA